UCAUGAAUAGUCUUGAUUUACUGGGGGUGGAGGCAUAGCCAGAUGUGAGACUGAAGUGUAGGCGUGAAUCAAAAAGCGCUCUAAAAUAUGAAACCCCAUCACUUAUUCAUUCGGGGGAGAAAAAAAAAAUCCUCAAACACAGCUUAAAAAUACAUAUACACUGGACAAAUCGUAAAGCUUUAUUCCACAGCAGCUGUGGCAUUACCGCCAGAGAAUAAACACAAAGCGCGCAACAAUAUCCCGCAGCAUGCGCAAGGCAGGCAGGCCAGCCAUCCUGUAAAUAUUUCCGAGCAGAACAACAUAACAGCGAAGCGAGCACUCAAUUGUUUUUCCUCGCUUAUCUCUCUGGGACAGUAUCCUGCCCUUUUUUUUGAAGGCAGGGCUUUCGGUGACACACAGCUUCCUUCUCAAACCUUCACAACUGCGGUGACUUCACUUCCCAAAUUUAGAGGAAAGAAAAAACUCAAUCCGGUAAAGAGAGAGAAAAAAGUGUCUCUUUCUCUCCGCCACAUCGUACCGGGGGCCACUGGAAUUAACCCAGGAGCGUGUCAUGUUUGGGAUAUCGUCGGGGUCCGCUGAAAAUUGCGCAAAAUGGACGGAACUAUUAAGGAGGCGUUAUCAGUGGUGAGUGAAGACCAGUCCUUAUUUGAGCCUCCAUACGCUGCUGCUGCCCCUCUCCCAAAAACAGACAUGACUGCAUCUGGCACACAGGACUACGGCCAGACCCACAAAAUCAACCCUUUACCCCCACAGCAGGAGUGGAUCAACCAGCCUGUGCGGGUCAAUGUCAAGAGAGAAUACGAGCACAUGAACGGAUCCAGCAGGGAGUCUCCCGUGGACUGCAGUGUGGGCAAAUGCAAUAAGCUGGUGGGGGCCAACGACACAUCUCAGAUGACUUAUGGGAGCUAUAUGGAUGAGAAGAAUGUGCCUCCCCCCAACAUGACCACCAAUGAGCGAAGAGUCAUCGUACCUGCAGGUAGGCAAAACCCAUCACUGUGGACCCAUGACCAUGUGCGCCAGUGGCUGGAGUGGGCCAUCAAGGAGUACGGACUGCUAGAAAUCGACACGUCGAUGUUUCAUAACACAGACGGCAAAGAGCUCUGCAAGAUGAGCAAAGACGACUUCCUCCGGCUUACCACCAUGUAUAACGCCGAAGUGCUUCUGUCUCAUCUCAAUUACCUCAGGGAAAGUAGCUCAUCAUUAUCCUACAACACACCAUCUCACACCGACACAUCACCGCGUUUGGCUGCCAAAGAAGAUCCAUCAUAUGAAGCUGUACGGCGGACAGGGUGGUCCAACAACAUGCACAGUGGCAAAGGCUCACCUGUAGUUCCUCAAAAUGUGACCAAGUCCACUGAGCAGCCCAGAGCUCAGCCAGAUCCUUACCAGAUUCUGGGCCCCACCAGUAGUCGUCUCUCCAACCCAGGCUCAGGUCAGAUCCAACUUUGGCAGUUCCUUCUGGAGCUCCUGUCUGACAGUGCCAACGCAGGGUGCAUCACUUGGGAAGGGACCAACGGAGAGUUUAAGAUGACGGAUCCAGAUGAGGUGGCGCGGCGAUGGGGUGAGCGCAAGAGCAAGCCAAACAUGAACUACGACAAGCUGAGCCGUGCGCUGCGCUACUACUAUGACAAAAAUAUUAUGACCAAGGUGCAUGGCAAACGCUAUGCCUACAAGUUCGACUUCCAUGGCAUUGCUCAGGCACUGCAGCCGCACCCCACUGAGUCAUCCAUGUACAAAUACCCCUCGGACCUAGCCUAUGUGCCUUCCUACCACGCCCACCAGCAGAAGGUCAACUUUGUAUCUCCGCACCCUCCAUCUAUGCCAGUCAGCUCCUCCAAUUUCUUUGGACCCGCUGCUCAGUACUGGAGUUCGCCCACUGGAGGCAUCUACCCGAACCCAAAUGUCCCCCGCCACCCUAACACUCAUGUGCCAUCCCAUCUCGGCACUUACUAUUAAGACAACCCUCCUUCAUCAACGACCAACUUUUAAAACCUACCUUCUCCUCCUACCAAAAUUGCUGACCUGCACUUCUUGUAAUGCCAAAGACUGAGUUGAUGGAAACAAUCAUCUAAAGAAAUGCUGUUCCUCAAUGAAGGAUGAGUUUUUGAAGUUUUUUUGUUUUCUUUUAUGUGUGUGUGUGUGUGUAUGUAAGAAUCUAUAAAAACUGGAUACCUUGGUCUACAAUGGAAUACUACUUAUAACAACUGUUUGUUUUAUGGACGCAGAUCUGAGUUUCCUGUGCCUUUUUCUUUUCCACUCUCUCAAAAGUUUCCCCUGUAAGUGCCCCAAAAGCCUAAGGAAAGGUCUUGAACCAGAGUGUGUCAGCCUAUUCUGCACGCUACCUUACCAGACAUGGGCCUAUCACUUAUGGGUCUCAAUUUACAUCAUUCUCAGUAUAGUUUGUAUGCUUUGCUUGAAAAUCCAGCUUUUGACGCUUACUUACUAACCUUGUGGGGGUUGUCCACUGUUUUUCUUGGCUUUCUGUUUCACAUGACAUUGUUUUUUGUAAUCGUGUGUGUGUGUCUGUGAGUGUGUGUGUGUGUGUGUGUGUAGUGUGUAUGUGUGUCUCCAGUAGAUAGGUAGGAGAUCUUGCAAAAGGAACUUUUCUCAGCACUGAAUACCAUUUGGCGACUUGAAUACGCAGUUCACCAUGCCGCCAUUUAAUUUAUCCUCCAAGACUGGAAGGCUAGAGAAGAGUUAGAUGCCAUAGAAUGAAGCGCUGUAUGUUUCUGGUGAACCUGGGUCAACUCAGUUGCUUAAAGAAUGUUUUCUAUGUAUUUUGCAAGGAGCUGAAAGAGAUGAUGGGUGAUAAGCACAGCAGAGUUAAGUCAAUUGUGCUGCAGAAGCAGAGUCAAGAUUUAAUUGAGGUAAUUUGCAGCAGUAAUUCCUGCCCACACAAAUGUUUUUCUCUCUCUUUUUUUUUUUUUUUUUUUUUUUGGUAGGCCACACACUAAGCUAAGUAUUUGCCUUGUUGUUUCCUCUCAGCCUGGCUAUUUUGAAAUCGUUUUGUUGCUCAACCAUAUCAGUAUUAAUGUGAAUGUCUCUGGCUUGUGUAAUACACUUAAAAGGAAAAAAAAAAGUCUUUGCCUAAACCAAAAUAUGUCAGGUGUGGUUAUUUAAGGGGGGAAAAAAGAUGCAUAUCCACGUAAUAGCGUGAAUCUAAAACAUGUAAGGGAUUUUAGCGUAUGUGGUUCUUUUUUAGGGUUGUGUUAGCCUUACUGUUUAGAGGAUGUUCAUUAUUUGAAAGGCCCUAGAGUCUUCAUCUAUUUUUUUUUAAAAUGUGCUGAGAAACAAAGCUCUAACCCUUGCAGAGUUCGGGUUAGGCUCAAACUGCUGAUCUAUAUCAUAUCAUCAACAUCAACUACCAGUGCACAACUAAAGUCCUGAUGAAGAUAACUGUUCUAAUAAAUAUUUUUUUUUUAUCUUUUCUGAGAAUAAAAGCUGCCACAUGGUCUCUGUCCAUCUAGGCCAGUCGAUAUCACACAGGUUGUUGCAAAGAAGAAAUUAUCCACUUAAUUCUGAUUAAUAUACGACACUUUGCAGUGUUUUCUUCCUUUUUUUUUUACAAGGCUGGAUCCUAGCAUGAGAGAUGCAUGUUUUGUCAAAAGUCUCUUGCUGAUCUUCAAGCCCAGCAAAAUGCAAACGAAUCUCAAGUCAGAAUUUCAUUAUUAUCGUGUAACAACGCUAUGUCAAACUCACAACCAUAAUCAGCUCUUCAACUGUUAAUUUCUGAAACUAUUCAAAGAAAGUCAUCGAAAAUAGACACUUGAAACCAAGUCUUUUAUCAGAGAACAAAAAAAAAAACAAUGAAGUAUGACGAGAUGAAACAAAGAAAUCCUCAGAUUCGCAAACGCUGUGCGUUUGUCAGACCUAUGUGUUAUUAUUUUAUAAACAUCAGUCAACUAGGCAUUAAAGCAACUUACUGUAUAAAUUAUGCAGAGUUAUUUUCAUAUGUGACACAGUAUAAAAAGCCAAGAGAGUUAAUACGAGUUGACCUCGGUCAAAAAUGCAAACUUUUUGAGUCCAUUUCUGCUAGUAGUAUGUUGAGCAUUUUAAGUAUUUUUAUAUCUGUACAUUUGGGCAAUGCAGUUUAACAUUUUUUUGUUUUUUUGUUUUCACACAGAUGUUGUUUUCUGAAACCCAGUUGUAACGUCUUAAGUGCCUGUAAGGGUAAAAAAUAUAUCUGUAUAUUAUUUUCUUUCGUAUUACUAAAACCACAAAUGCCUGCUUAAAUCAUAAUCUAAUAGAGACAAUUCCUUUGCCUUGUAUGCAGUCUGUGAUGAUGAUGGCGUGAUCCCAUUGUCGCUCCUUUUCUAUACCUGGAAUUCAUGGCUAGCUCUGUGCUUUUUGAGGUUUUCAGGUGUUUGAUACUCCGUAAUACAGUAUUAAUAUUUACAUCCAGCUUUCUUUGCAGACGAAUAGCUUUAAGAGAACAAAUUAAAAGGGAACAUGUCAUUUGUAGCAUAAAGAAAGUAUGGCAAUGUGCCCUUAACCUUCCUGUUUUAAAAGCAUUAUCAGUGAAGAGGGAUCUGUGCUACUCCUUCAUAUAUGCAAUGUAUUUUGGAUGGUGAAUCCAUUAUAUGUAUUGUUUGUAUACAUUUACAAUUAAGCAGUGUAUUAUUUUUAAUAAUAUUGUAAUGCCUGCAAUGUAUGAACUAAAACCUUUUGAAAAAGGGCUUUUGUAUAGGAAAAUGUGACAAAAUAAAUGUUUUUACCUCUCCAG